AUGGAUCGUAACCCAGCGGUGACGCGCCAAACAGCCAAUAUGCGAUGGGUCUUGAAACAUACCUUCAAAAAGAAUGAUUUCCGUCCACUCCAACGAGAAGUGAUCGCGUCCGUCAUAGAAGGGCAUGAUGUCUUCCUUCAAGCGUGCACUUCGUUUGGAAAGAGCUUGUGUUAUCAGUUACCUGCGGUUCUCAAAGAUUGGGGCUUGACCGUUGUCGUCUGUCCACUUCUCUCAUUGAUGACUGAUCAAGUGAACACAUUGAAAGCUCUUGGCGUGGCAGUCGCUACGAUCAACUCUAAUACUACUCAUGAUGAGAGACAGCGUGUUUUUGAGGAUAUGCUGUGUGGCCACCCGAGCACACGCCUACUUUAUGUGACUCCAGAGUUAUGCCAGACGAACAACUUCCGCCGCCGCUUGCUCAUAGUUCACAAGCAAGGUCAGCUCAUCCGCGUUGCUAUUGAUGAAGCGCAUUGCAUCAGUGAAUGGGGCCAUGACUUCCGGACAGCUUAUAAAGAGCUAGGAUGGUUCAGGAAGAACCUCGUCAACCCGGUCGUUCCAAUCACUGCCUUGACAGCUACUGCGACACCUCGAGUUCGCUCGGACAUGAUAAACAUCUUGGGGUUGGAUCUGGAAAAUCUCCGGAUGUUUAACACCCCAUCAGAUCGUCCAAAUAUUCACUACGAGGUACGAUAUCUCGCAGACUUUGCUGAGGACAACAGCGGCGCAGAAGACAGCCAGUUACAAAACUUGCUCAGAUGGCUCAAGGGUAUCCAAACCCGACGAGAGGCCCGACUUGGCAGCGAAGUGACACUACUUCCUCCGAUGUCAGGAAUCGUAUAUGUAGGGACCCGAGCUAUGGCCGAACACCUUGCAAGCCGGCUAUCCUCUUCAUCGGACGAGAUGGUCACGGCAGUGGCAUACCACGCCGGCGUGGAAGCCACCAAGCGCGCGCAUAUUCAAUCAACGUGGAAGUCAUCUCGGCCAUGCCAGCCCGCCAAUGGGGAAAAGACACCCGCUUUCUCCAUCAUCGUGGCAACGAAUGCCUUCGGGAUGGGAAUCGAUAAUCCAGAUGUCCGCUUUGUGGUGCAUUGGACACCACCCCGAAGCUUCGAAAGCUUUGUUCAAGAGUCAGGGCGUGCAGGUCGAGACAGCCGCGCUGCUGCCUCGCUUGUCUACUACGGAAUUCAAGAGAGGAACUUUAUAGAGACUAUGAUCUACCGUGAUACUGAAUCUCACCGUGCGAAUGGCCCCGAAAAUCGAGAGGCCAAGCUUGAAAGCUUCGGCAAGGUCAUUCGGUACUGUGAGAGUAUUAGGAGGUGCAGACAUGAACUGAUCAAAGAGUUCUUCGGUGAUUUCGAGCUAGAAGAAAUGGGAUCACAACUGCCGGCUAAGGAAGGUGUGUCUGUUACAAGCUCAUCCCCUUGCGACUUCGCCUGCGAUUUUUGCAAAGAGGGUCGUGUUGGGUUGGCGAAGCGCCGGGAGAAAAUGGCAUCUGAGACUCAGAUGGCUCUCCUAUACGCGGAUUUCGACUAA